AUGGUCUCUGGGAGGACUGGUAUCGAUGGAGCCAUUCUCCAUGGGUUCAGGCCCAGCUACGGUCAAUUCCUCCACCACUGUAACAGUUUCUUCCCAGUCAACACCUUUUUGAAGAACAGAUGACUGUUGAAUCGAAUUAUCCUCGAUAUUCACCACAUGAAAGGUCUCCUGGUCAAUUUCUCCUUCACAAGCUUCCGCUGUUUCCGUAUAGUCAACACUAGGGUCGUCACUGAUUUGAUGAACUUCAGCGGACUCUGAGGCCUGAUCGUCCACCUCGUCGGCAUCGUUUCCGGGAUCAGAGCCCAGGUCAAUGAAAUCUUCCGAGGCCAUUUUACUGGUUGA